GAAGAAAGGAAGAAAGGAAGAAAGUAUUAACUUUGUUUAUUUUUGGAAUACGCUCGUUUUAUUUUGGGAGAGGUGAAUUCUCUUUUUAAAGGGCUUGGCUUUUAUACCGUGCCAAGGGAUUUCUAUACUUUUUGUUUUCAACAAGAAGCGCUUCUGAGAGUGCAUUCUACAUGAUGGGUGGUGAGAAGAAAGACACCAGGAGCCACGGCAACACGCCCGUGGACGCAAAAGUCCUACGAACCGACCACGAGCCCGCCGUAACGGAGGGCAUCACCACUUCCCACAAUGGCAACUCCUCAGACUCCUCAGACGCAAUAGGGCUGCACAUCGUCCCCUCCAAAACACGCAGCCGCAUCUCCCGCAUCUCCCGCGACGGCGACAAGCUCUCCUUCCACGACCCCGAAAAGGGCGUCCUCAGUACCGCCGCCGUCAUCCCCUCCCCCUCCCAAAGCACCCACGCCCUCACCCUCCGCGAAGACGAGAAUUUCUACCCCGAGGGCGGCUUGCAGGCAUGGCUCGUCGUCUUCGGGUCUCUGUGCUCGCUGCUCGCUGCGUUGGGGGUGAUGAAUACGCUGGGUUCGUUCCAGGCGUAUAUCUCGAGGAACCAGUUGAGGGAGUAUAGUGAGGGGGAGAUUGGGUGGAUUUUUAGCAUGUAUGCGUGUCUCGCGUUUGGGUUUGGGGUCAUUGUUGGGCCGAUCUUUGAUAAGCAUGGGGCGAGGUGGUUGAUGCUUGCGGGGUCGGCGGGGGUGGUGACGAGUUUGAUGCUGUUGAGUGUUUGCGAGACAUACUGGCACUUCAUGCUCGUCUUCGGCAUCCUCGGCGGCGCCUCCACCUCCCUCAUCUUCUCCCCCUCCCUCGCCGCAAUCGGGCACUGGUUCAAAGCCCGCCGCGGCUUCGCCACCGGCAUCGGCGCCACCGGCGGCGCCCUCGGCGGCAUCUUCUACCCCCUCAUGCUGCAAUACCUCAUCCCUCAACUCGGCUGGGCCUGGGCAACCCGCUGCCUCGGCUUCCUCUCCAUCUUCCUGCUGACCAUCGGCUGCGUCCUCGUCCGCGGCCGGCUCCCCCCGGAGCACAACAGCAGCGCCAAACCGGACCUAGGCAUCUUCCGCGACGGCGUGUUCGCGCUCACGGUCGCCGCGGUGUAUUUGCUCGAGUGGGCGCUGUUUGUGCCGCUGACGUAUAUUAGUAGUUAUGCGCUGCACGCGGGGUUUAGCGAGGACUUCUCGUAUCAGUGCCUUAUUAUACUGAAUAUUGGGUCGGUUUUUGGACGGUGGCUGCCGGGGUUUUAUGCGGAUAAGAUUGGAGCGUUCAACACGAUGAUUCUUACUACCAUCCUCUCCGUCGUUAUGGUGCUCGGCGUGUGGUUACCCGCUGGGACGACGAUGCCGGGGUUGGUCAUCUUCUGCCUCUUCUUCGGCUUCGCGUCCGGGUCGAACAUCGGAUUGACAUCCGUGUGUAUCGGGAAGCUGUGCCGCACCGAGAACCUGGGCCGCUACUUCGCCACCUGCUACACCAUCGUGAGUAUCGGGUGCCUGACGGGGAUCCCUAUCGCCGGCGAGAUCGUCAAGGCGAACCACGGCGAGUAUUGGGGCUUGAUGACGUUUACGGGGGUGUGUUAUGGCGGGGGGCUGGCGGCGUUUAUUGUGGUGAGGAUUAUUAAGGUGGGGUGGGAUGUUAAGGCUGUUUAUUAGGAUGGAAGGCCGUUGUUUUGUUUCUCAGGAAAAGGCCGUUGUUUGGGGCGCAGAUGCUGGGCGGAUCGGCAGCAGUAUGAGCAUCGUGUUUAUUGGAUAUUGACAUUUUUUGGGAGGCAUUUUUGGAUGUGGGGUUUUUUGGCCUGUGUUGUUUGUAUAUUGAAGCUAUUUGUUUCUAACUCAUAGCGAGGUGUCUACUUCGGUG